UGUGGGCAGGUAUGUGUGAGUAUGUGCAGGUGGCACCAAUACGCUACCCCACUGGGCGAGCUACAGGUGCAGUGGUGCACAAUCUCACAUCACCUGUGACGGCCUUGAAUUCUGAAAAACUCGGUGAGUUAGCGAGUAACCCGAUAACUGACCCGAUAACAGGUCCAAAUGUGGAAGCUAAGUCAAAAUGGUCAAAUGGUACCUUUGGGCACCAACGACGCUCAAGGAGGCACGAUCUAGGUCAAACUAGACCAUGUGCACAAUUAGGUGGCCUAUACAAGGUUAAUGGUGCAAAGUGUGAACAUAUGAAUGGUUCCAACAUGCUAAAACAACAAACCAAACAAGGCCCACAAUGCAGCAGCAUUUCGGUCAACCGAAAUGAGCCAAAGGUGCACCACACUCCGGUCGUCCGAAAUGAAGAAACGGCCUACUGGUUGUGGCUCAAAAAGAUGGAAGGCUACUGGAAUUGGAACUGAGCUGUUCAAUUAGAAUUUGAAAAGCAACCGAUCAUCCGAAAUGGAAUUUCGAUCUAUCGAAAUGCCUCGAGAAAGUGCUAAAGAACCUGCCAUACACCAGAAAUUUAAAAGGGUUUCUUAAGUCUCAUUUUACCCUCAUGCAUUGGUCCAACAUGUAAAUUAAACGCAUAGAAGUACUUGAAUUCGUAUACAAAUGAUAAAUACGUGUCAAAAUAGAAUACAAAUGGCUCUAAGGCCUCAUUACAAAGAAGGGUUUGAAAUGUAAACCAUACACCCAUGGUUGCAAAAAUAUACAAAAGGGCAUGCUAAACACUUUACAUGCAUUCAAAAGAAGUGUGAUCAUGACACUAAAGGAACAAUAGGACUAAGAGUGAUGUCCAUCCAAGAAGAGGACUUCUUUACUUAAAAAACCACAAUCAACUUGGGUGAGUAAACAAGUUACUCCGUGGGAUAAUGCACAUGCCUAAAGUUUUAACUGUUUUGCAAGUUAAUAUAAACGGAUACACGUGGAUCAUGCCACCUAACGUCUAAGUUCAAUUUGGUGCUAAGGGAGCAUCCUAAAGCUACCUUUGAAACUAUAAAAACAUAAUCCAGAAUGAAUACCACAAUUAAACAAAAUUGGAACCAACAAAGCCAAAAACAAGUUACAACAAUUUAGUGUUAUCAACUUGAAACUAAAUGUGAAAUCAACAAUAUGGAAAUACUUGGACAUCACGCCGGAUAAAACCAAACGUAUAAUAGCUAUUUUGGGUUACUAGCCCGCCGGGAACUACCCUAGUGCGCACAAUUUGGGAGGAACUCGAACCCUCCGCACUAGAACCUUAUUCUAGCUAUGUCAUACAACGACACUCCAAGUUUCCAAAAUCAACAAAUUAUAACACAAAUAUACUAAGUAUAUAAUGCACAACCAUAUAGGAAUCCCACACAAGUCAUGCCCUAAGUCCUCAAGCUACAAUGACAAAUGCUAUAACAAGAUCAGAAUAUGAAUUCCACUAAGUUACAACAAUGUUGUCAACACAAGAAUUUCAUUCAUGUUAUUACAAUUGGAGUUUCAAUUCCAUGAUUCAAACAUCAACAUAAUACUAAAUACACAAUCAAAUCAUUGGCAACAAUACGAUAGAGAUUCAAUAGUUACUCUAAAUAGAAUCAUAAGAUUUCAAAACAUCACUAAAUGAAGUAAUAUUAACACCAAACAAAGAUCGUGUAUAAGCCUUAAAUAAUACAAAGUCCUAAGUUAAUUUCAUACAAGGUACAACUAUAUACAACCCUAGAAUAUGAAAAGGACAUGUAAACAAUGUAUAUCAACUCCAAGAACGCAUAAAACACUAAGGGUAUAAACAUAUGACAUUCCCUACCUCACUAGAGGAUUGUUCCUCUAGAAUCCAAGACAAAUGAAAUCAAACAGAAAAACUGAGCAAAGGUGUUCUAGAAAAGGAAGAGAGGGAACUUUUGUCUUCAAGGUGGAAGACCAAAAUCCCAAGGAAAGGGGUUCGAAUUUAAGAAGUGGUGGCUAGGGUUCAAGGUGCUUCAAUGGCGGUCAAGUGAGGAAGACAACUUUUCACAAGAAAAUCCACUAACUAAAUGGCUUUGUGUAGUCAAAUAUACUACACCAACACUACCUCUUUCUCACACACACGCAUCCACCCUCCACUUGUCAUGAUCCUAGGCCUCCUCACUAGGCUUAAUCUAAGCCUUACAUUUGUUACCAUCCUAAACUUCCAAGUGUUUCACCCAAAAGUCAACAUGUGGUCCAUGGAAAAGGUGACUUGUCACACCUUUCAAAAAUUGCAAAGAGGUCCUUCCUCUAAAUAUCUCAAAGAAAUAUUUGUAAAAUGGUCCCUAAGCAAAAUAUCCCAGAAACAUAAUUACACAAAGCACCCCGAAAAACAAAAACGUUUCCGAAUAAACAAUGCAUCCAUACCCCUGGAAAUAAAAAAUAAACGAGCAUGCUUUACAAUGAAAUUAAGACAUUCGUGGGCAAUAAAAGAUAAAAUAAUGCAAUGCACGUGGUGUCGGAAAUCAGUUUCGAACACCGAAGCCUACCUCGGGAGCAACAAAACCCAAAGGCAACGCAGAAAAAGAAUAAAUCAAAUAAUAAAAUAAAUAAAUAAUAAAUAAAUAAUGAAUGACGGAAAAAUCGGAAAAGGAAAAAGAAGACUCUGUCUUCACAUCAUAUGGGUGUGGAUGGGGCAAGUGCUAUAUGUAGAUUCAACACCCUUCUAUGACACAACGCGUUUUAAAGCCGUGAUGGCCAUCAACCCACCAGAAUUCCAGAGUUAAGCGUGCAUAACCUAAAGUAGUAUCAAGAUGGGUGACCAAUGGGAAGUAUCUGGUCCGGGGGGGCUAAAAGCUGACAAUAUUGUGUCUGGCUAGGUUGAGGGUUGUUACACUCGAGGGUACGGUCUUCCGGGGUAUUGUAGACUUUCUUCUCAAAACAGACAAUAUCCAGAUACUGAGGGGUGGGUCCCGACAGAGCUAUACAAGUCAACGAGGUUAGUGAAAGUUACACUUGGUGCGUGCUAUACAAGGUAAGUGAAAUAUUACAUUGAAAUAUUACCUUAACAACAAUAUCAUCUCUUUUUCCUUAUUCUUUUUUGGUAAGGUAGCAACUCUUAUUAAACUUUUUCAACUACAUUUUACAGAGGAAUGAGAAGGAUGCAACAAUUAACCUCAUUAAAUAUACUAUUCUAAAAAAUAAAGAGAAAACUGCACAUCUGUGUAUAAAUCCACAACUUCUUUGUCCCUCUUCCCACCAUUCCUAGUUUGAAAUCCCCUAGUACUCAAUAUGGCGCAGUUGGCAGGUAAUGAUGAGAUAGAAUCACUGAGAACAGAGCUAAAAAGUCUCUGUUCAUCAUUUCAACAUCAUACUUCUAGUUUCCGAAGCAAUUCGGAUUUGGGUUCUGUAAAGGGUGAUGAGGUUGAUGAUGAAUGUGCAUUGCAAUGGGCUGAGAUAGAGAGAUUACCCACCUUUGGAAGGUUGAAAUCAUCUUUGUUUGACAUGGUGAAAAUGGGGUUAAAGGAAAAAGGGUUAUUGAUGUCACUAAGCUUGGUGCUCUUGAAUGCCAUUUGUUCAUUGAGAAGCUUAUCAAAAACAUUGAGUGUGACAAUCUUCGCUUGUGGCUUAAACUCAGAAAAAGAAUGGACUAAGUUGGUGUACAAUUUCCCACUGUUGAGGUGAGAUAUAACAAUUUGCGAGUGGAAGCAGAGUGUGAGGUAGUUCAGGGCAAGCCCCUUCCAACUCUAUGGAAUUCACUCAAAAGCAUGCUUUUUGAUUUUGCUAAGUUGCCUGGGUUAAAGUCACAAGAGGCAAAGAUAACCAUCAUUAAUGACGUCAGUGGUAUCAUUAAGCCUGGGAGAAUGACUCUACUGCUUGGUCCUCCUGGAUGUGGGAAGACAUCUUUUCUGAAGGCACUUUCUGGAAAUCUGAAAAAACCUCUCAAGGUUAGAGGGGAAGUUUCUUACAAUGGAUACAAACUGGAAGAGUUUGUACCCCAGAAAACCUCUGCUUAUAUAAGCCAAUAUGACCAACACAUUGCUGAGAUGACUGUGAGGGAAACACUUGAUUUUUCAGCCUGCUGUCAGGGUGUUGGAAGCCGAGCAGAGAUUAUAUUUGAGCUCAGCAGAAGGGAGAAACAGGCAGGAAUUGUUCCAGAUCCAGAUAUAGAUACUUAUAUGAAGGCAAUUACUGUUGAAGGACAAAAGACAACUCUUCAGACUGACUACAUUUUAAAAAUUCUUGGACUUGAUAUCUGUGCUGAUACACUGGUUGGAGACGCCAUGAGACGAGGUAUCUCUGGUGGUCAAAAGAAAAGAUUAACCACAGGGGAGAUGAUUGUAGGUCCGACAAAGGCUUUGUUUUUGGAUGAUAUAUCAAAUGGCUUAGACAGUUCCACCACAUAUCAAAUUGUUGCUUGCCUCCAACAGCUGGCACAUAUCACAGAUGCUACAAUACUUGUGUCACUUCUUCAGCCUGCACCAGAAACCUUUGAACUCUUUGAUGACAUUAUCUUGAUGGCAGAAGGGAAGACUGUGUAUCAUGGACACCGAAGUCAUGUUUUAGAAUUUUUUGAGCAUUGUGGGUUUCGGUGUCCUCAAAGGAAAGGGGUAGCUGACUUCCUCCAGGAGGUUAUCUCAAGGAAAGAUCAAGCACAGUAUUGGCACAGGACUGAACAAAUUCACAAUUAUGUUUCUGUCGAUAUGUUCUCCAGGAAAUUCAAGGAAUCUCCUUCGGGAAAGAAGCUAGAUGAGGAGCUCUCCAAGUCAUUCGUAAAGCCCCCGAGUGAUUAUUGUGCCGUUUCUGGUAGCAUGUAUUCUCUUUCUAAGUGGGCACUCUUUAAAGCUUGCAUGUCAAGGGAAUUUCUCCUCAUGAGAAGGGAUUAUUUUCUGUAUGCAUUCAAAUCAAUUCAGCUUGUCAUAAUCGCAUCUAUGAUGAUGACUGAACUUCUGCAAACUCGGAUGAGUGCUGAUUUUGUUCAUGCAAACUAUUUUCUGGGGUCUCUCUUCUUCACCCUCAUGAUUCUUAUAAUUGAUGGAUUUCCAGAGAUGUCCAUGACUUUGGCAAGACUUCCGAUUUUCUACAAACAGAAAGAACUGUACUUCUACCCAGCUUGGGCCUACGCAAUUCCAUCCUGCAUUCUCAAAGCCCCUCUUUCGUUGUUAGAAGCUCUAAUUUGGACAUCUCUAACUUAUUUUGUAAUUGGAUACAGUCCGGAGGCUGGCAGGUUUUUCUGCCAGUUCAUACUACUUUUUGCUGUGCACUUAACAUCAUCGUCCAUGUUCCGUUUCUUGGCAUCAGUCUUCCAGACCGUCGAUGCUUCUACAACAGCUUGUAGUUUAUCUAUAUUAUUUGUCUUAUUGUUCUGUGGCUUCAUUAUCCCACAAUACUCCAUGCCCAUAUGGUUGAAGUGGGUAUUUUGGGUUUCUCCAGUAACAUAUGGAGUGAUAGGCCUUGCUGUAAAUGAAUUUCUUGCUCCGAGAUGGCAAAAGAUGUUGCCCACAAACACAACACUGGGGCAAGAAACACUUGAAAGCCGUGGACUGAACUUCAAUGCAUACUUUUUUUGGAUAUCACUUGGUGCCUUAUUUGGGUUUACAAUGAUUUUCAACAUUGGGUUUACCUUGGCCUUGAGUUUCUUAAAGCCUCCUGGUUCUCGUGCUAUUAUUUCAAAUGUAAAGCUCUCCCAGUUACAUGGAAGUGAUGAUCCCACCUACAGUACCAAUGUUGAAGAUAACUCAAGCAGUUCUCCUCCUAAAAUUAUUCAAGUACCUUAUAAAGACAGAAUGGAUUUAUCAUUUCAACCCUUGACUGUAGUGUUUCAAGAUGUGCAAUACUAUGUUGACACCCCUUCGGAAAUGCGACAAUGGGGUUGCACUCAGAAAAAGCUCCAACUUCUAUGUGAUAUUACUGGUGCAUUUAGGCCUGGUGUUCUAACAGCAAUAAUGGGUGUAAGUGGAGCUGGGAAAACAACUCUUUUGGAUGUUCUUUCUGGAAGAAAAACCAGUGGCACUAUUGAAGGAGAAAUUAAAAUUGGAGGAUAUCCUAGGGUUCAGGAAACUUUUGCUAGGAUAUCCGGUUAUUGUGAGCAAACUGACAUACAUUCUCCACAAAUUACUGUUGAAGAAUCAGUAAUAUUUUCUGCUUGGCUGCGUCUGCAUCCUCAGAUUGAUUUGAAAACCAAAUAUGAAUUUGUGACAGAAGUCCUUGAGACCAUUGAGCUUGAUGGAAUCAAAGAUGCCUUGGUUGGCAUACCGGGUAUUAAUGGCCUUUCAACAGAGCAACGUAAGCGUCUCACAAUAGCUGUGGAGGUUGCUGCUAACCCCUCUAUUAUUUUUAUGGAUGAACCUACAUCUGGACUGGACGCAAGAGCAGCUGCAAUUGUCAUGAGGGUAGUCAAGAAUGUGGUUAAUACAGGAAGAACAGUUGUUUGCACCAUCCACCAAUCAAGUGUUGACAUAUUUGAAGUAUUUGAUGAGUUAAUUCUGUUGAAAACUGGUGGACGUCUGAUCUACUCAGGACCAUUGGGUCACCAUUCAAGUAGCGCCAUUGAGUAUUUUGAGGGUAUCUCAGGCGUGCCGAAGAUCAGAAAUAAUUACAAUCCAGCAACAUGGAUGCUAGAGGUCACUUCUGCAUCUGCAGAAGCUGAACUUGGUGUAGAUUUUGCCCAGCUAUACAAGAAUUCUGUUUUAUAUGAGAACAAUAAAGAGCUUGUAAAUAGGUUAAGUGCUCCGCCUCCUGGUUCAAAGGAGUUGUCAUUCCCAACCCAGUUCUCACAAAAUUGUUGGGGACAGUUCAAGUCCUGCCUCUGGAAACAGCAUUGGUCUUAUUGGAGAAGUCCUUCAUACAACUUACAGCGUUCCUUGCACGCACUUAUUGCAUCUUUGGCUUUUGGAAUACUGUUCUGGGAUCAGGGAAGGAAAAUAAAUAACCAGCAGAGCUUGUUCAAUAUAUUUGGUUCAAUGUUCCUUGCACUUACAUUCUUGGGUAUAAAUAAUUCCUCAGCAGUUUUGCCCUAUCUAAUGACAGAGAGAUCCGUUCUUUAUCGGGAAAGAUUUGCAGGGAUGUAUGCUUCAUGGACUUAUGCACUUGCACAGGUGAUAAUCGAGGUUCCCUAUCUCUUCGCCCAGUCACUUGCAUUCGUGGUCAUCACAUAUCCAAUGAUCGGGUAUUAUUGGUCAACUUAUAAGGUUUUCUGGUACUUCUACAACAUGUUUUGUACACUGCUUUACUUCACUUAUCUUGGAAUGCUGCUCGUUGCAAUAACACCAAGCUAUCCAGUAGCUGCAGUUUUACAGUCGACUUUUUACACAGUUUUCGUCUUGUUUUCUGGAUUUAUGAUUCCUCAACCGCAAAUUCCUGAGUGGUGGAUCUGGGUGUAUUAUCUAUGCCCUACAUCUUGGACACUAAAUGGUUUGCUUGCUUCCCAAUAUGGAGAUAUAGACAGAGAGAUUAUGGUGUUUGGAGAAGCCAAAACAACCGUCGUGGCGUUUUUAAGCGAUUACUUUGGAUUUCGCCGUGUAGUUGCUGUUGUUCUCAGUGUUUACCCCAUAAUUCUUGCUUUCCUAUUUGCAUUCUGUAUUGGGAAGCUUCAAUUCCAAAAAAGAUAGAAUGUUGUAAAGCCAUUUGUUCAUGAUUUCAUUGUAGUUAUGGCUUCAUAACUUCUAAUGUUCAGAUACUAUCUUCCAUGGUAGCUGACUGCAACUUUGGAGUAAUUAAACUCAUUCAGGCCAAAGUAAACUAGAAACUCCAUUUUCAACUCAAAAUAAAGUGAGGAAAAGAAAUUAUAAGGAUC